ACUGUGGCUCUGUGCGCGCUGCCGGCCGCUGCUCUCUCCAGCCUCUGAAGAAGAAAGCCCCUGAGCCGCUGUCGCUUGAACCAUGGCUUCGGGCCGAAGGGGUUGGGACAGCUCCCACGAGGACGACCUGCCUGUGUACUUGGCCCGUCCGGGCACCACAGAUCAGGUCCCACGGCAGAAGUACGGUGGCAUGUUCUGCAACGUGGAGGGUGCCUUCGAGAGCAAGACGUUGGAUUUUGAUGCCCUGAGUGUGGGACAGCGCGGCGCCAAGACUCCCCGGAGCAGCCAGGGCAGCGGCCGUGGCGCAGGGAACCGGCCCGGGAUGGAAGUGGACGCGCGCAGGGGCCCGGGCCGGGAGGAGAGCAGGGAACCCGCGCCGGAGUCCCCCAAGCCCGCUGGGGUGGAGAUCCGGAGCGCCACCGGCAAGGAGGUCUUGCAGAACCUUGGUCCCAAGGACAAGAGUGACCGUCUUCUAAUCAAGGGAGGGAGAAUCGUCAAUGAUGAUCAGUCCUUUUAUGCUGAUAUUUACAUGGAGGAUGGCUUAAUAAAGCAAAUUGGAGACAAUCUGAUUGUCCCCGGAGGUGUGAAGACCAUCGAGGCCAACGGGAAGAUGGUGAUCCCUGGAGGCAUUGACGUCCAUACCCACUUCCAGAUGCCUUACAAGGGAAUGACCACAGUGGACGAUUUCUUCCAAGGGACAAAGGCUGCCUUAGCGGGAGGCACCACCAUGAUCAUUGACCACGUGGUACCUGAACCUGAGUCUAGCCUGACAGAGGCCUAUGAAAAGUGGCGUGAGUGGGCCGAUGGGAAGAGCUGCUGUGACUAUGCUUUGCAUGUGGACAUCACCCACUGGAAUGACAGCGUCAAGCAGGAGGUACAGAGCCUCAGCAAGGAAAAAGGCGUUAACUCCUUCAUGGUUUACAUGGCCUACAAGGAUUUAUAUCAAGUGUCCAACACAGAGCUCUAUGAGAUCUUCACCUGCCUGGGAGAGCUGGGGGCCAUUGCUCAAGUUCAUGCCGAGAAUGGAGAUAUCAUUGCCCAGGAGCAGGCACGGAUGCUGGAAAUGGGGAUAACCGGCCCAGAAGGCCACGUUCUGAGCAGACCGGAAGAGCUGGAAGCUGAGGCUGUGUUCCGUGCCAUCACCGUCGCCAGCCAGACCAACUGCCCCCUCUAUGUCACCAAGGUCAUGAGCAAGAGCGCGGCUGAUCUCAUCUCACAAGCCAGGAAGAAAGGAAAUGUGGUCUUUGGCGAGCCCAUCACUGCCAGCCUGGGAAUAGAUGGAACUCAUUACUGGAGUAAGAACUGGGCCAAAGCAGCUGCGUUUGUGACAUCCCCACCUCUGAGCCCUGACCCUACCACACCUGACUACAUCAACUCCUUGCUGGCCAGCGGGGAUCUGCAGCUCUCUGGAAGUGCCCACUGUACCUUUAGCACUGCCCAGAAAGCCAUUGGGAAGGACAACUUCACAGCCAUCCCUGAAGGCACCAAUGGCGUGGAGGAGCGUAUGUCUGUCAUCUGGGACAAGGCUGUGGCCACGGGGAAGAUGGAUGAAAACCAGUUUGUGGCCGUGACAAGCACCAAUGCUGCCAAGAUAUUCAACCUGUACCCUCGAAAGGGGAGAAUAGCUGUGGGCUCUGACAGCGACCUUGUCAUCUGGGAUCCAGAUGCCUUGAAGAUUGUCUCUGCCAAGAACCACCAGUCGGUUGCCGAAUACAACAUCUUUGAAGGGAUGGAGCUGCGUGGUGCACCUCUGGUGGUUAUCUGCCAGGGCAAGAUCAUGCUGGAAGAUGGCAACCUGCACGUGACCCAGGGGGCUGGCCGCUUCAUUCCCUGCAGCCCAUUCUCUGACUAUGUCUAUAAGCGCAUUAAAGCAAGGAGGAAGAUGGCAGACCUGCAUGCAGUCCCAAGAGGCAUGUAUGAUGGACCAGUGUUUGACUUGACCACCACCCCCAAGGGGGGCACCCCAGCUGGCUCUACUCGGGGCUCUCCCACUCGGCCAAACCCGCCAGUGAGGAACCUCCAUCAGUCAGGAUUUAGCCUGUCAGGCACCCAAGUGGAUGAGGGUGUCCGCUCAGCUAGCAAACGCAUUGUGGCACCCCCUGGAGGCCGUUCUAACAUCACAUCCCUGAGUUAAGCCCUCCCAAAGAGGGAGGCAGAAGCAAGAAGAAAAAAAAAAAAUUGAAGCCAAAAUGGUACACCGAUAUUUAAGAAGGAACGUGAAUCCAUGCAGUUGAGAUCUAAAGAAUCACUAAGCCUCAAGCCUUAUGUUUCCCAAUGUUAUGCUCGCUUGCCUAGCUUUAUGAAUUGCUUUGGUUUCUGUUUUUGCAUACUCUCAAUUUCUUUGAACCCCACCCCCACCCCACCCCCACUUACAUGCAUGCGAUCAGACAGGCCACUAAGGUAGAUUCUGCAUAUUAUAGUGUUGAGAGCGUAUGUAGCACUGCAUCUUACAACAAGGGGACAGACAAAGCUGGGAUGUCGAGAAAAAAACGAAUGAAGGCACGAAGGGCCUUUGGAUGAUUGGGUGGUGGGAGCCCAGGGCAAGAUGGAGGGCACAAAGGGGCUGGGGUGGGACGUGUACUAGGGAGGUGGGUGGGUGGGGUGAGCAGAAGGGCAUUGUGUGUUGUAUUAUGAUGUGUGUUAAUUUCCAUGGAGGAUGGUCACAUAUGGCAGUGGUGCUCCAUCACAGUCCCCUGGGAUCUGCAGAGAUGGCAGGAGGUCUUUGGGUUCUGGACUUUGUCAUGUCCUUUCCUAGUAGAUCUUGUUUCCUUACCAUGUAUUGAAUGACAGAAUCCAGCCAUUUCUUCCACCUGUGAUGCCAGUUGCUUGCUCAGGCCUCUUUCUCCUGUGGCUUUCUAGUCUUCUAUUCCCAGCUGUGAAGACCACACACAGAUGAACAAAUGGACAGGUCUCUUCUUCUUUAGCUUCUUUGGGGCUCUUCCAAGGCUGCCAUGGAGAAUGCAGCCCCAGCUCUAUUUAGGGGAGGACAGGUAAGCUUAGACAGCCUUCCUUUCAGCCCUGGGGAGGUACUCCCCACCCUCCUCUCUAGUGUCUGCAAACUGAGUUAGGACCAUGGCAGAGCUAGAGCCAAAGGCUUCCUUUGCUCAUGGCGAAUGGCUAACCUCCUCAUCCCACACCUGAGCGCAUUUCCCGAUGUUAUUUCUUUUGGGAGAGCUGACUUUCUCUAUUGUUCCUAAACUUUGCUCCCAACAGUAAUCUCUGCUUCCGAGGGAGAGUACAGCAGAGAUGUAGGGAACCCAGCUUUGAGUAGCAGGAGUGCACUGUAUAACCACAUUUUCAAUGCUAAGCCAAGUGUUUCCUCGUCUGCUAGCAGAUCCCAGGGGCUGGGAUAUCACUUUUUAAUUGGUACUAAAUCUCUAGGGUGAUAUGGAUAAAGCGACAUGAUGCAGUUUUCUUGGUGUGCAACACAUAAGGGCAGUGGGCAGCAGUGGUAGCCUCCCUCUUUGUCUGUCAGAGUUGGAAGCCCGUGUUCCUAUCACACCAUUUCCAAAAUCAACCGUGAGCCAGAUUCUGUGAGCAAGGCAGGGGGGCUGUAGAAGCCAAGAUACUCUUCCUGCAGGAAACGUGGUAGUGACCUUGGCUCAGACUUCUGUGCUCUAGGGACCCACUCGGUGAGAAAUAUCACACUGCGCAUUAAGUACUCUGAAGAGCAGAGCAGGCCUCGUACACCUUCGAAGUACUUAGAGAAAACUCCAUCUCUGCCUGCAGGUGUUGUUUGGUUUUGCUGGGUUUUGUUUUUUGUUUUUUGUUGUUGUUGUUGUUGUUUUUUUUUUUUGAGGUGGGGAAUUUCUGUUUAUUUCAUUUUGUAGAGCUGGACAAUUGAGUCCAGGGCCUCUCAAAUGCUAGGCAAAACUCUGUCACGGUGCUUCAUCUUUGCUCCCCUUACAGCCCUGGCUGUAGGCUGUCAUAAAAUUUAGAACUAGAGAAAUAUGAACAGUUUGGAUACAUAAGGAUUUGGAAAUUGCCGAGGAAGGGAUUUUCCUGAGAAAGCUAUUCUGUUCUAAUCUUGAAAAAAGGCUUUCACCUCAGAAGAGGAAUCUUGCUUCUUUAAAGCUCUCAUGGUGCUUUCAUUUUAAAGGAGACUUUAGAAGAAAAAGAAUGGAAUGAAGUUUUGAGUUACAAUUCAAAUUUGGGGAUCAAUCCAGGAACACAGAAGGACUUUUAUACGCAAAGGGAGUUUGCCAGAUCUGAAGCUUGUAUACUAAAUACCUCAAAAGCUAGGCUCGGCAGCAGCAUAGGUUGUAGUACCAUCUGUGGCCACCAGAUGGGGGAAGAGACAUGUAAAUGAACUGUAAUUCUGCGCCUCCUCAACUGUGUGGUUCCCCAUGCCUGAGCCCUUCCAGGGUCUCUCUGAUCAUGAAAAAUAAACUCCUUUGGGUCAUUUGCACUGCACUUGGCAUUUCCAAAGUGUACCACUGUGCCGAAACCUUAUGUUCCACUCAAGUGUUCCUUUCCUGUGCAAGGAACAGCUUCUUGAAGUCCUCAAGGUGGGCAGGCGCCAUCUCAGGAUGCGUCUCUUUCUUCAUUCACUAUGAGUAGUGCCCAAGCCUCGUAAAUCCUGAGAAUCCCUUGGCAACUCCCCAACUGUUUUCUUAACAUGAGAAUUUUUCUAAGCAACAUGUUACUUGAGCUACAAAUCAAAAUGCAAAUUGCUUCUGCUUCACAGGCAGACAGCCGCAUUCCAGGGUGGGAGAGCGUGCUGGUACCAUCUUCUCUCAAGUAGCUCUGUCAUCGGGGCUUUCCACCAAGUCCCCUCUAAGAAUACUCUGCAGUCUCCAAACGCCAAGUUAUUGCUGAGCCCCCAAUGGCAACCUAUUGACAUUCUUUCUGAAAGGGCCACAGGCGUGAGUGGUUGAAACGGUCUUUCUGGAGCAAUUAAAUCAACCUCCUCAGUGGAGAAAUUUGUUACUUCUAAGUUUUUUGGGUUUUGUUUUGUUUUUUAAUCUAGUAGGAUUAUAGUCAUCCUCUAAAAUGGCCUUUCUCUAACUUCAAAGUCCACUGGUUCUAUGGGUCAUUUCUUUAUCAAGAUAUGCAGAGGUCUAUCUCCCAAGGCCUGAAUCCUAACUCUGGACUCCAUUCUAAUCAUUCUGCUCAGUCCCUUCCAAGAGGCGAGUGCUUGCCAACGUUGCUUCUUGCCACAAGCCUCCCAGAUCUCCUCCCCUUAGACCGUCCCAGCUUGAGUCCUGAUGCAGUCAUGCAUUCCUCGUAAUUCCCCUUUGAGACAUGGUGUGUGGGUGUUCAGUUCUGUGUCUGGUGGCUAUGGACAGACAGUGCGUCUCCCUGUGACCUGUGCUAGCUGUGAGGCAGCUCGGAUAUGGAAGAGCUGUUUGGUUUGAACCGUGAAGAAAACUGUGUAUUGAGUUAGCUGAGAUUAAAGAAACAAACGAACAAACAAACAAAAGCUCAUCACGUGACUGUUAAUGUAAACCUGGUUAUUAAAAUAAUUAUAAAAUUAC